GAGAAAUGUGGCAUAAGGCAUCUUGUGGAGAGCUCACCUCUGUCUUUUUUCUAAAAUGUUUUUCUAGAACACAAAGGAUGGUUUGGAAAUUUGCCUUGUCCGUUUUUCUGAUGGCAGCGCUGGUGCGAGUGUCGGACGCCAGGAAGAACCGCCCUGCAGGUGCCAUUCCCUCCCCGUACAAAGGCAGCAGCAGCAACCACUCGGAGCGGAGGCAGCAGCUGAACAAGGAGGUGUUGGCCUCCAGCCAGGAGGCCCUGGUGGUCACCGAGAGGAAGUACCUCAAGAGCGACUGGUGCAAGACGCAGCCGCUGCGGCAGACUGUCAGCGAGGAGGGCUGCAUCAGCCGCACCAUCAUCAACCGCUUCUGCUACGGGCAGUGCAACUCCUUCUACAUCCCGCGGCACGUCAAAAAGGAGGAGGAGUCCUUCCAGUCCUGUGCGUUCUGCAAGCCGCACAAGGUCACCUCUUCGACCGUGCAGCUGGAGUGCCCUGAGCUGGACCCACCCUUCCGACUCAAGAAAAUUCAGAAGGUCAAGCAGUGCCGGUGCAUGUCUGUGAAUCUGAACAGCUCAGGCAAGCUGUGA